AUGACACCUUCUCGCAACAUGAACAUUCCCUCUGUCAGUACGGUGACCUUGGCUUCGCCUUCUGUCAGCACAGCAAGUGUGGCUACACCCUCUGUCGGCACAGCAAGCUUGGCCUCUCCCUCUAUUCCAACAGUCACCAUCCCAGUCAUCGCGACUGUCGUGACUUGUCCGUAUAGCUGCAAGACAGUUCCAUCGCAAUCUGUGCCUACUGCUUCUUCUCCAGCAUCUCCAAUGGGCCCGACCUCGCCCAUGUCCUCGGCGACAGCUCCUCCAGCUCCCAAAGAUUCAUCCUCGUCAGCACCUCCUAGCAGUCCACCCUCAUCCGCACCCCCUAACGGUCCAUCUUCGCCUACUACGAUGCCAGCUUCAACUCCAAUGUCCUCUCCGGUCUCUCCCAACUCUAACGUUCCAAGCUCUCCUGCCUCGAAGAUGCCUUCUUUGUCUGCAGCAACAUCAUCUGGCCCACCAUCGUCGCCUAGCCAACCUCAGAGCAGCUCUCCACCUCAGUCUAGCUCUCCUCCUCAGAGCAGCUCUCCACCUCAGUCUAGCUCUCCUCCUCAGAGCAGUUCUCCACCCCAGUCUAGCUCUCCUCCUCAGAGCAGUUCUCCACCCCAGUCUAGCUCUCCUCCUCAGAGCAGUUCUCCCCCUCAAAGCAGUUCUCCACCCCAGAGCAGUUCUCCACCCCAGAGCAGUUCUCCACCCCAGAGCAGUUCUCCUCCUCAGUCUAGCUCUCCACCUCAAUCCAGCUCGCCUCCCCAAUCUAGCUCGCCCUCUCAGUCCAGCUCGCCUCCCCAGAGCGGGACUGCCACAAAGCCAAGCACACCUCCAGCCACCAACACAAGCAUGUCUUCUGGAGCCGCUUACAAUGCCAAGGCUUCCAUGUUGGCCGUAGCAGCUCCCAUCGCCAUCGCCGUUGCUAUGAUGCUACUCUAAGCCCAGACAUAUCCAUCUGAGUAUUGCGUACUGGUUCAUACAUGAACUUUUCACAUUCCUUCUGUACAAUGACUAUACUUUCCUUUGUACUUGGUCUCGUGUUUCAUUUGUUAAAUUAAUGUGUAUGUAACAUGGAAAUUUGUUUUUGCCCGGAGGAAAAGUGAAACAGUAUCUAGCCCG